AUGGUUCACAUCUCUAGCCUGGCUACGGCGCUCGCGCUGGUUUCUGCUGUCGUUGCCCAGUGCGGAUCGGGGACGCCUGAUGCUACUGUUACGCAUCAUGACCUCAAAGCUGACCACGACCAGGGCUCGGGCAGUUCUUUCGUCGCCAAGAAGGGCAGCAGCACUGUCUACACCGGCGACUACCUUACUGCCAUUCAGCGCGCCGUCGACUCUAUUUCGACUGGUCAGCGUGUGUCCGUGAUUGCAUCGGGUUCCAUCGGCGCUGGUACCAUCACCAUCCAAGCCGGUAAAACGUUCGAAGGAUGCGGAACAAUCAACGCCGCUGUAAAGAGUGGAAGAGGUGCCAUUGAAGUUACAGAUGCAGCCAAUGUCAAGAUCCCAUACCUUACCAUGACUGGUAGUGUGUACUUCGGAAUGCGCUUUUUUGGAACCACUGGCCUCACCCUGGGCGACAUCACCUUCGACUUAACAGCUGGACUAGCUAUUCGCUUUGAACGAGACAAGAAUCCUAACUCCAACGUGAAAAUGGGAACAAUCAACUGCAAACGCACCGGCUCCCACUGCGUCGAGACCUGGAAUAUCGACCGCCUCGAAAUCGGCUCCGUCAUCGCCCGCAACGUCGGCGAAUGUGGUCUUCUCCUCCAGAAAGUCACAAACGCCAAUAUCGGCACCAUUGACGGCGAAAACGUCGCUACAGGAAACGGUUAUGCCACGCUCCGCUUUGCUAACCAAGCCGGCAAAGUCAACAACGGCUACGCCACCAACAUCAAAAUCAACCGUGUCAAGUCGCGCGGCGGUGGCCGUGGAAUCUUCUGCGUGUCGGAAUCUGGCGGCGCAGAGAUUGGCAGCAUUGAUCUGGCGAAUAAUGGCGGGAAUGCGAUUUUGCUGGAGAACUGCUACAACAUCAACAUCAAGGGAGGCACGAUCAACGGCGGCGGUGAGGUCAGACUCGCCUCCCGUAGCGAGUUCGCGAAUUCGAGGGAUAUUGCGAUCACGGCGAGGAUCGAUGGGACGACGGUCAGGGAGUCGCCUUGCACGGCGAAUAAGACUAAGUGGACUCUGACGGGGAAUGCGGCGAAGACGAUUUGCACUUAG